AUGGCACCCGCUACACCUCAGCUUCCGACCCGGUUUCCUUGCUGGUGUCGAGCGGUAUACUCGUGGGGAGGAGAAACGAAACGCGAUCUUGGGUUCGUGGAAGGUGACUUGAUUGAAUGUCUAAAUGCGGGGGACGGUCAAUGGUGGAUGGGCCGGCUGCGGAGAGACCGUCGCAUGGUGGGAUUAUUUCCCUCCAACUUUGUCCAGCUGCUAGAGGAGAAUUUUGUCCCAGUCAGCCGGUCAAUCAGUCCUAUGGGCCCCUCGGCUGCCUCUCCUAUCACAAACCCCACGUCGGCUCCAAAGAAGCAGAAGACAGUCUUCCGAAAGCCGUUCCAAGCGCACAGGGAGGCUCUUGCGCCUUCUGGAGCUGGAGGAAGCUCGCCGUCUUCGUCUCCUGUCGGUAGCACGAUACCCCAGACCCCCCCGCGAGAUGGCAGUCUUUCUCGACGGACAAAGCCAAUGCGCACCCCGACUAGCGGAGUCAAGCAGCAGAGUUCCCUGUCGCGGCCGCUGUCAAUAUCUGGGCCUCCGUCCCGGGGAGUUUCACCACGUCCGCCGCAAGAGCCAGCUCCCCAGCAACACGAUAUUCCUGGUCGCUCGCGCUCUCGGCCUCCAUCCCGUGCACCAUCCCCCCAGCCUCAGCUUCCUGUGCACAGUCGCGGUCAAUCGGUGCAUGCGCUACCCUGGGAAAGGUCUCCUCAACCUCAACUUCCUGAAAUCACGCAUCACUCACCUCUAUAUCCCUCGAUCCCUGUGCAUAGCCGCUCUUCACCCCGUGCAAUGUCCCCUCGACCUCAGCUUCCUGACAUCACGCAACAUUCUCCUCUAUCGCCCUCAGCCCCUACCCACAAUUAUGCCCAAAUGUCACAGUCGACACCCCGUGCAAGGUCUCCUCGGCCACAGCUUCCCGAGAUCGCGCAUCACUCGCCACUAUCUCCUUCGGUGCCCGUGCACAAUCAUAUGCAAGUAGCGCAUCAAUCGUCUCGAGAAAUUUCUCCCCUGCAAUUGACGGAACGCGAAGACUCCCCGCCGCCUCCACCCCCACCUCAUAGAGUUGCAGUCCAACGCCAACGCUCCCCAAGUCCGAGCGUACCAUAUCAAUUCGAUAUGAAUGACCGUUAUGUUGUCUUUGAAAGGACGCCUUCGCCAGCCGCCCAUUCAGAUGCGAAUGGACAAACGCCUUCGCCACUGCGCGAUGCCAUGGAAGAUGUCAUGACUUCACUUGAGGACAUGGGAAUGACAAAGGGUUCACCAUCUCCGUCUCCCCAGCCUGAGUUUAAUAAUCCCUGGUCACCGGACGCUUUCGAGUCGCUCCGCGAUCAUGGUCAGCCGCAAACAAACAAUCGGCCUUUGACAUCUCAGGGCUUCGAAGCAGGGAAGAGAUACUACAAUAAUGACUUAGUCCAUAGGAACAGUGUCUACACACAUGAUCCUUUUGUUGAGGGCCCACCGCAAAUCAAUAACUACGUACAACGUAUGGAAAGCCGGCUCCGCCAAAUGCAGGAACAAGGCCGCCGAGGCUCUGAAGAUAUUCACCCUCCAGCAAGUGAUGCGGGUGAACACGACGAAGAAGAUGAUGAUAUGCCUCCUCCGCCACCACCAAAGCAUGCGGCGUAUCAUGGACGGCAUAACUCCAUACCCACUCACCUGCCCUCAUUGCGGAGUAGGCGAUCCGGCAAUGAUCUCAGAAAUGAUAUGUUAAAUCGGAGUUUUACCAACAAGUCGAGUGCAACAAACUCAUCCAGUGGCGUACAAAGCAACAGCACCAAUCAGACUUCUAGCACGGACAAAACGAAUCAGAGUCUAAUGAGCGGUGCUUCCGCUGGUGGUUUCAGCGCGACAAGUGCCGGGAGCUAUGCCAAACGAGGGAUUGGAGCGGGGGAGAGGCCAAACACAGGAGUUGAGACCUUCCGGUCAAGGGGCUUCAGCGAUCUCGCUCGAAUGUCACGGCCAGAAUCACCCAUGAGCGGCAUAUCCUACCAUUCGAGCCACAAUACUUCCCGGCAGGGAGCUUCUUCAGCCAUCCCUUGGUCCUCUUCGGCCACCACCCCGGAGGAACCGAGCAGCGUAUUUGGAGGGCUGGCCACCCCUAAAGCAAAGAAGCAGGGGUUUUUCAAAAAGAUACUCGAAUCAGCCAAAACUGGCGCCGCGAGUGCUAGGAGCAGCAUAGCCGUUGGGCACAAUGGAGGCUCCUAUUCUCCCACGAAAGGAAGAGCGAUCUCCCCAAUCCUUUCCUCGCACUCGCAUCGAGAAACCGCCGCGGGUGAGAUGGGAAUGGGCAAUAGUCCGAUAGAUUGGGUACAAGUUCGUCGCGAUGUUAAUCGCGCAACCUCUCCCAGUCGAAAUGAAAGGGUCGAAAGGGCAGAGAGGUGUCAAAUGAUGGAUCACCCAGUGAUAUAUGCAGUGGAAGAGCUGUACGAAACUGCAGAAGGGGAAGAGAGUAUUGAUGGUCUACCCAUCGGAGAGCCCACGGAUUUUGGCAACGUCAACCUUACCCUCGUCGACAAAAGCGCACGUUUCGUCAACAGUCUUCCUCCCCUGACAAAUCCGAUGAGCCUCGCCCAAGGCUAUGUCUGUCGCCCCUACAAGAGCGAUGUCCAAAGGCUACGCGCUAUCUUCACUUGGGUGAGCGAGAAGAUUGCGUGGGACGAGCCAAUUGAAGAGGUUGAGAUCGACUUGAAGCGUGUUCUACAAACUAAGAGAGGUUGCGCUCAGGAAGUCGCCUAUCUGGCCCGGGAGAUGUGCGCAGCGGUUGGUCUGCAUGCCGAGGCAAUUGAAGGCUUCCUCAAAACUCCAGGCGAGAUGUUCGAGAUGGAUAGCCUUUCGCGUCCCAACCACUGGUGGAAUGCGGUGCUCGUGGAAGGCGAAUGGCGCUUCAUGGAUUGUUCCCUUGCCAGCCCAACCAACCCUCGAAGGAACCAGUUUGUAACAAUCAACGCUGCAACGGCAGAGCCAUGGUAUUUCCUCACUCGACCUCUCGAACUCUGUUAUACACAUGUACCGCUUGAGCCAGAGGGACAGCACAUUUGCCCUCCUAUUUCUCCGGAUGUCCUCCUCGCGCUCCCGGCGACGUGCCCCACGUAUUUUAAGAUGGGCAUAGAGUUUCCGGAUUAUGACACCAGCGUUUUCCGACUGGAAGGUUUAGAAGUCCUUCAAGUCCGUCUCCUAGUUCCACCAGACGUUGAAUGCGCUGCAGAAGUCGACGCGCCUGCAUUCGACUGUGACGCCGAUGGGGACUUCUUCGAAAGUGGAGAGAUUGUGCGCAAACGAGCGCUUGUCCAACCUGAGUGGGUUAACGGUCAAAAGCGCAUAACUGUCAAAGCUAUCUUGCCGGGCGACGAAGGACAAGGCAUGGUCAAGAUCUAUGCGGGCCGAAAGGGACUCAUGCACACCAGCCGAGACAUUCCUCAUCCGCUUGCUUUUGCGCUUCCGAUCAUCCAUGCAGGAGAAAACCCACCCUACGAGUUUGUCCUACGGCACCCGACCCCCCAUGCCCAGCGCCAUGACUUGUACAUUAUUCAGCCCCAAUGCUCUAAACUGGCUGUCAACAACACAUUUGUUUUUGCUGUUCGCCAGCAUCCUUCUUCGCCUACUCCCCAUCCAGCGAGUACCGAAAAUAGCUUCAGUGGCCGUGUCUCUCCGUCAGUAUUUUCUCGGCCAGCGAGUGCACUCAGUAUGGUUUCAAGCUCUGCUGGAGGCUCGACUGUGUCAACAGUAUCCAAUGAGUUCUCCGCCUCAACCUCGGCGAUCUCAUCUACACGCUCCGGAUCUGGACGAGAAAAGCCUGCUAAGCUCGCAAUCCAAUCGCCCUCUGGUAAGAUUCUGCGGCUUACGCGGAAAGCUGACCACAUGAUCAGCAGUCCAAACCUCUCCGACUCACCCAGUGAGUGCACCGCCGAUGGCAGUGUAUGGGAGACGGUUAUCAAGAUUGGUGAACGUGGUGUCUGGCGAGGCCUAGUCCUAGCAGACCGUGUCGCACGAUGGUGUGUAUUUUGUGAAUGGGAAUGUUUCUAA